AUGGCCGACGCGGCCCUGGAGAGCCCACAUCCUCUGAUUCAGAUCCUCGUCUUCUUCCUCCUACUCCAGCUAUCUGUCCUGGUUCCUUCCUCCGCAGACCUGCGUGCCGAGGAGGCCGCCCUAAUCUGCGGCGGCCGCCGGGCCGUCGAUGCCGUCUCCUUCGUCGGGAACUUCGUCGGCGGCAUGGCCGCCCUCGCCGACCUUGUCGCCUCCGAAGGGUGGGGUGCCCACCUCGCCAACUCCUCCAACUCUUCUUCUUCCUCCUCCAGUUCGCCGGUGUACGGCCUGGCACAGUGCCACUCGGACCUCUCCCUCACGGACUGCCUCGUCUGCUUCGCCGAGUGCCGCACGUCGCUCCCCCGCUGCCUCCCCAACGUCUCCGCCCGGGUCUUCCUCGACGGCUGCUUCCUUCGCUACGACAGCUACGAGUUCUACUCUGAGGCCGUCGACCCCGCCGUUGACCGGGCUCUCUGCGGCGGCGCCACCCACCCUGUUGACUCUUGGCGGAGCAGCGUGAUUGCGAUGCUAGGGAAUCUGACAGCCCUCGCGGUGAGGAACGGGGGGUCCGCCCUGUGGGAAGACACUGCGGCAAGGCUGUACGGUCUGGCGGAGUGCUGGGAGACGGUGCCGGCGGAGGGUUGCCGGCAGUGCCUGGAGAAGGCGGCGAGGGAGGUUGAGGGUUGCCUGCCAGCAACGGAAGGGAGGGGUCUUAACGCCGGCUGCUAUCUGAGGUACUCCGACAGCAAGUUUUACGGCGCAGGAGAGAAUUCCGGAAGUGAGGAGGCCACUCUCAUCGUGUUCUUCUCUGAACAUACUUCGAUCAUUUGUGCGUAUAUUUCGAUCAUUGCCAACUUUGGUCAUAUUUUCUUCAUCCCUCAGCAGGCGGGUCCAAGAGAGGAUUGAUCUUCGCAUUAUCUUUCUCAAUUCCCUCCAUCGCCGUUCUCUGCGUCUUAUUCGGUUGGAUAUGCGUCAGAAGGCGAAAGAACCGGAAAAUAGGUGAUCAUCCCUCAGUUCCAGCGGAGGAAAAUUAAAUCCUACACUGAAAUUGUACUUUCUGUGACAUUUUCUCAAUCAUCGUCCAGAUAUCAAGCAGCAGGUCGAGCUUCCAGCUCUUCUAGUCAAAUCCCAUCUAUACUUCAAAUACGAGACUCUGCAGAAAGCUACCGAUAGCUUCAACCCUAGUAAUAAACUGGGUCACGGGGGCGGUGGCUCCGUGUACAAGGUUUUAUCCAGAUCUAUCAUGCAUAAAUAUUAUCUUUGCAUGAUAUUUGUUUCGACUAUAGCUCUACUAACAGACCGAUUGGCGAUCUUCUCUGGGUAGGGAACCCUUCCCGACGGCACCGUGGUCGCCGUCAAGAAGCUGUUCUUCCACAACAGUCAGUGGGCCGACGUGCUCUUCAACGAGGUGAGCCUGAUCAGCAAGCUGGAGCACGAGAACAUCGUCAAGCUCCUGGGCUUCAGCAUCGAAGGCCCCGAGAGCCUCCUGGUCUACGAAUUCCUACCGAACGGGAGCCUCGAUCGCUUCAUCUUUGGUAACUCCGAGCUUGCAAACACAUCUCGAUCCCCGUAAGUUCUCCUCUCCUGAUCUGGCAAUAUUUUCCUUCUCUGAGAACCAGGCGAAGGCCGCGGUGUCCAGAGCCUGGCGUGGGGGGAUCGGCUUCGGAUCGUGGUGGGGGUGGCGGAGGGGCUGGCGUACCUCCACGGAGGGUCGGAGACGAGGGCGAUCCACAGGGACAUCAAGUGCAGCAACGUUCUUCUGGACGAGAAGAUGAACGCGAGAAUAGCCGACUUCGGGCUCGUCCGCCUCUUCCCUGUCGACCGGACCCAUCUCACCACCUCCCUCGCCGGCACAGUGUGAGUAGCUCCGACUCCACAGAUCCUCUGAAAAGCCUCAUGGGGCAAGAAUCCCGAGCUCGGAUUUUAUGGUACCUUUCAAUUACCAUAAAUAGUCAUGUCCUGGCCCACCUGAAAGAGUUUGGUUUCCGUGUCUAUAUAUAUUUCACGCCCUGUUUUGCUUAGGUUACUGAAGUAGUCAUGCUUGACCGUGCAAGAACCCAAAUUUCAGGCUUAUCCAUGCAAGAACUCUAAAUUAGUAGUGAUUUUCUAGUUCCCUGCCCCAAGUUUUUCCAUGAACGGACCCCCCUGAGAGCAGAUCACAUACCCCAUUUGAAUUAGAGUCGAACAGCCGUGUUCAGGGCCCUCCCCGAACUUGGAGAGGGGAGAACUCCCGGGUUUGUCCUAGGAAAGUCUGAGAAUUCGCCUAAACAUGGUAGAAUCGCUCUUCAGGGGAUACUUGGCUCCGGAGUAUGUCAUCCACGGCGUGCUGACGGAGAAGGCGGACGUGUACAGCUUCGGGGUCAUGCUCUUGGAAAUCAUCUGCGGCAGGAGGAACUCCUGCCCUAAAAAAGCAGACUCCGUCCUCCAGAUGGUAACCUCUCCAUCCUCCCUUAAAGCCGAUCCGCCCAUCGUCACCGUCGCUCUCUCUCUCUCUCUGACUCUCUCUCUCUCUCUCGCUCAGGUGUGGAGGCACUACCAGGCAGGAACCCUAGUGGAGUCGGUGGAUGAACGGGUGAAGGAGGAGGUAGCUGCUGAAGAGGCCUCGCAUGUGCUCUUAGUAGGUCUUCUGUGCACACAAGCUUCCGUCUCUUCCAGGCCAUCAAUGCCGCAAGUGGUGCAGAUGCUGACCACAAGAGCGUGUAGUGUCCCUGUGCCCACGCAACCUCCUUUCCUCUGA